GCUCGGGGAGACGCCGGAGCUCCAGACACAGCAGGAGCGCGCCACGCGGGUGCAGUCGCCAGGCAGCUCGCCCUGGCCGCCGCCGCGCACUCCGCCUCCGCGCUGAGCAGCGGGAAUCUCAGCGGCUCGAGCCGCCGGGCUCAGCUCCGCUCCCGGGUCCGCGCUCCAGCCUGCUCCGCUCGCCGCACCGCCCCCGGCAGCGCUCAACCCUCAACGUUUGGACUUCCCUCUGCCGGCCUCUCCAGUCGCUAGAUCGCUGCCUUUGCUCCACUCUCCUCGCUGUUUGCCACACCACGCUAGCUCCACUAUUCUCCCGUUUAUCCGUAGGCACCCCUGCUUGCAUUUCCCCCCGCUCCUUUAUAUGGAAAGCAUCAUUUUGAUUUAAGAUGAGUCGUCUUUUUUAAUCUCGCCCGUUUCAGUACUGAAGACUGAAAGGGAACCUUGACCACCACUCCAACCCUGGUGGCACUUAAAAAAAAAAUCACAAUUUUAAAAGAAAGAACAAGAAAAAAAGAAAAGUCUUACGAGGCAAAGGAACGGAACUCGGGACCCUCUGCAGACCCUUGAUUCUGACCACCCAGGACUAUACUAGUCAUCAGAACUCCUAAAUUAUCUCAUUCAACUGAAAGGGAGGGCGACUGGAGCUAGGAGCAAACUUCGGUGGUCUCCCUGGAUCCUUGAUUCCCGCAUUUGGAGGGGUCGAGCGCCAGAAGACACAGGACCCCACCAGGAGGAGGAGUCCCGCAUCUCUCUCUUUUCUCCCACCAAGCCUGAACCUUAGACUGAGACACGCGGGAUAUAGAGGAGGAAAGAGGGUAGUAGAAGAUGCGGGGCUCCGGGCCCCGCGGUGCGGGACGCCGACGGACCCAGGGCAGAGGUGGCGGCGACGACAACCUCCGCAUCCCUGUCUCUCUGGCAGGCUGCUAUUCUGCACCUCUUAAGGGUCCCCUCUGGACGUGCCUCCUCUUGUUUGCGGCGCUCCGGACCCUUCUGGCCAGCCCCAGCAAUGAAGUGAAUUUAUUGGACUCACGCACUGUCAUGGGGGACCUUGGAUGGAUUGCUUUUCCAAAAAAUGGGUGGGAAGAGAUCGGCGAAGUUGAUGAAAACUAUGCCCCUAUCCACACAUACCAAGUAUGCAGAGUUAUGGAACAGAAUCAGAACAACUGGCUGUUGACAAGUUGGAUAUCCAAUGAAGGUGCUUCCAGAAUCUUUAUUGAACUCAAAUUUACUCUAAGGGAUUGCAACAGCCUUCCUGGAGGACUGGGCACUUGUAAGGAGACAUUUAACAUGUAUUAUUUUGAAUCCGAUGAUGAGAAUGGAAGGAAGGUUAAAGAGAACCAGUACAUCAAGAUUGAUACCAUUGCUGCUGAUGAGAGCUUUACAGAACUAGAUCUUGGAGACCGUGUCAUGAAACUUAAUACGGAGGUCAGAGAUGUAGGACCUCUGAGUAAAAAGGGAUUUUAUCUUGCUUUCCAAGAUGUCGGUGCUUGCAUUGCUCUGGUUUCUGUGCGUGUGUACUAUAAGAAAUGUCCUUCUGUGGUAAGACACUUGGCUGUCUUCCCUGACACCAUCACUGGAGCUGAUUCUUCCCAGUUGUUAGAGGUGUCAGGUUCCUGUGUCAACCAUUCUGUGACAGAUGAUCCUCCCAAAAUGCACUGCAGUGCUGAAGGAGAGUGGCUGGUUCCCAUUGGGAAAUGCAUGUGCAAGGCCGGAUAUGAAGAGAAAAAUGGCACCUGCCAAGUGUGCAGACCUGGGUUCUUCAAAGCUUCUCCUCACAGCCAGAGCUGCAGCAAAUGUCCACCUCACAGUUACACCCAUGAGGAAGCUUCCACCUCUUGUGUCUGUGAAAAGGAUUAUUUCAGGAGGGAAUCUGAUCCGCCCACAAUGGCAUGCACAAGACCCCCCUCAGCUCCUCGGAAUGCCAUCUCAAAUGUUAAUGAAACUAGUGUCUUUCUGGAGUGGAUUCCGCCUGCUGACACUGGUGGAAGGAAAGAUGUGUCAUAUUAUAUUGCAUGCAAGAAGUGCAACUCCCAUGCAGGGGUGUGUGAGGAGUGUGGAGAUCAUGUCAGGUACCUCCCCCAGCAAAUCGGCCUGACAAAUACCUCUGUCAUGAUGGUGGAUCUUCUUGCUCACACAAACUAUACCUUUGAAAUUGGGGCAGUGAAUGGAGUUUCCGACUUGAGCCCAGAGACCCAGCAGUAUGUGUCUGUAAAUGUAACCACGAAUCAAGCAGCUCCCUCGCCAGUCACCAACGUGAAAAGGGGAAAGAUUGCAAAGAACAGCAUCUCUUUGUCUUGGCAAGAGCCAGAUCGCCCCAAUGGCAUCAUCCUGGAGUAUGAAAUAAAGUACUUUGAAAAGGACCAAGAGAGCAGCUACACAAUUAUCAAGUCUAAAGAGACCACUAUUACUGCAGAGGGUCUGAAGCCUUCGUCUGUGUAUGUCUUCCAAAUUCGAGCACGGACAGCAGCAGGCUACGGUGCCUUCAGCCGAAGAUUUGAGUUUGAAACCACACCAGUGUCUGUAGCAGCAUCCAAUGAUCAAAGCCAGAUUCCCAUCAUUGCAGUGUCGGUGACAGUGGGAGUCAUCUUGUUGGCAGUGAUGAUUGGCUUCCUCCUCAGUGGCAGUUGCUGCGAGUGUGGCUGUGGACGGGCUUCUUCCCUGUGCGCUGUUGCCCAUCCAAGCCUAAUAUGGCGGUGUGGCUACAGCAAAGCCAAGCAGGAUCCAGAAGAGGAAAAGAUGCACUUUCAUAAUGGGCACAUUAAGCUGCCGGGGGUCAGAACCUACAUUGAUCCACACACCUAUGAAGAUCCCAAUCAAGCUGUCCACGAAUUUGCCAAGGAGAUCGAAGCUUCAUGCAUCACCAUUGAGAGAGUCAUUGGAGCAGGUGAAUUUGGUGAAGUUUGUAGCGGACGUUUGAAACUACCAGGAAAAAGAGAAUUACCUGUGGCUAUCAAAACUCUUAAAGUAGGAUAUACCGAGAAGCAGCGCAGAGAUUUCCUGGGUGAAGCAAGUAUCAUGGGACAGUUUGAUCAUCCGAACAUCAUCCAUCUAGAAGGUGUUGUGACCAAAAGCAAACCUGUGAUGAUAGUGACAGAGUAUAUGGAGAACGGCUCCUUGGACACAUUUUUAAAGAAAAACGAUGGCCAGUUCACUGUGAUUCAGCUUGUUGGCAUGCUGAGAGGCAUUGCUGCAGGAAUGAAGUACCUUUCUGACAUGGGCUACGUGCAUAGAGACCUUGCUGCGAGGAACAUCUUAAUCAACAGUAACCUUGUGUGCAAAGUGUCUGACUUUGGGCUUUCCAGGGUACUGGAAGAUGAUCCUGAGGCAGCCUACACCACAAGGGGAGGCAAAAUUCCAAUCAGAUGGACUGCCCCAGAAGCAAUAGCUUUUCGAAAGUUCACUUCUGCCAGUGAUGUCUGGAGCUAUGGAAUCGUUAUGUGGGAAGUUGUAUCUUAUGGGGAGAGACCCUACUGGGAGAUGACCAAUCAGGAUGUGAUCAAAGCAGUGGAAGAAGGCUACCGCCUGCCAAGCCCCAUGGAUUGUCCUGCUGCUCUCUAUCAAUUAAUGCUGGAUUGCUGGCAAAAAGAUCGAAAUAGCAGGCCCAAGUUUGAUGAAAUCGUCAACAUGCUGGACAAGCUGAUACGAAACCCAAGUAGUCUGAAGACACUGGUUAAUGCAUCAAGCAGGGUAUCUACUUUGUUGGCUGAGCAUGGUUCUCUGGGGUCAGGGGCCUACAGAUCAGUAGGUGAAUGGCUGGAAGCAAUCAAGAUGGGCCGGUAUACAGAAAUUUUUAUGGAAAAUGGAUACAGUUCAAUGGACGCUGUGGCUCAGGUGACCUUGGAGGACUUGAGGCGCCUGGGAGUGACUCUGGUCGGUCACCAGAAGAAGAUCAUGAGCAGCCUUCAAGAGAUGAAGGUGCAGCUGGUAAAUGGGAUGGUGCCAGUGUGACCUCUGUGUGUCACUUCUCCAAGUGAACAACUCUGCACUUUGUAAACAGCCCUGAGAUUUCUUUUAACAAUUCUAGGAGAAAAGGGAAAAGAGUGAUAUCUCAACCUUUGGAGGCAUUUGCCUCAGCCGUUGAAUUUGUAAUCAAUAUUUUACUAAAAUAUCCUUAUCUUCCUCUUAUUGUCUUCGUUUUAUGAACAAGUGUAACCUUCAUAGAGUGGAAACAUGGAGAUAAACAUUCUAUAAUAAAAUAGUAACUCAAUCCUUCCCCCAUUACUUCCACAGAAUCUAGUCCAUGAAAUAUAUCAAGACACGGCACCUUUACAGACAGUUAAGGUAGCCCCUUUCAAAACUUCCAGGGAUCUACUUGAAAGGAAAAGUUUUAAAGCCAUGUGUGGGCUAAGAAAAGCUGCAUUUCACUGACGUUUACUUCAAGUCUUAAUUGUCUACAUAGUGUAUUGAAGAGCAAUAUGAUUAGAUUAUUCCUUAAAAGCAGUUUGUAAUUUCAAAUGCAAUUACAUGUUAAGUUAUAGAAAAUAGUUUAUAAACAUUUUGCUUGGUCAAGGAAAAGUUGAAUACAGGGUGUAUAUUUAUCUUUUUGUAUUAUAGGAUUUAUUUGUAGUUGCUCUUCUAGAGAACAUUAGAUAGUGAUUGUGUAUAUACUGUAUGUAUAAUUUAUAAUAUGGCCAGGAACUGACUAAACUUGGAUUUUGUGUGUGUGUGUGUGUGUGUGUGUGUGUGUGUGUGUGUGUAUGUAUGUGUGUGUGUGUUGGAAUAUGCAUAUAAUAUUGUUCUGCUUGCCUUUUUAUGGUGUUUUAAUUUUGGAAGUAUACAGGAAAGGGUGUUCUAUGCUGUAAUAUGAAUAAGAGAAAUAGGAAACAGUAUAACAAAAUCCAGUUCAAGUCGAUGUUUUUCUCUCAUUUUGAAAGCAACUAUUUAGUUUAGUUAAACAGCUAAUGCCUCUAAGGUGAAAUCCCUUUGUGUUCUUACAAAUACAUUCUACUAUCUCUGACUAAGAAGUUCUAGCCGAUAGUUUUAUGCCCUACUAUGAAAUUAAACCUUCCUAAAUGUAGUUCCAGAAAACAUUUUCUCCAGCAACUUUGACACUAGGGCACAUUUAUGUGAGCUGUUAUCUGAGUGUGCUGGCUUCUGUUGGGAUCCAGGCGGGGGCACUCAAUGUCUCCCUUUGUGCUCUUCCUUGUAGUCACUGCCAUUGUGUCUCAUCAGUACAAAGGGAGGCGGGGGAGGGGGAUGUUUUUUAACUCAUAUUUUUGUUUCGAGGUUCUUUUGUAAGUAAUAACUCCUUGUUUACAUUUUAAUUACAUUCUGCCCACCAUUACAUAACCUUGAUUAUACUUUAAAGAAUCAAUGAAAAGUAUUAAGAAAUUAGACGGUUAAGUAAUAUAAAAUACUCCUUCAGUCCAUUUUAUAUACUAUACCAGUCAAGGGCUGUCAUUUGAGGUAAAGUUCACACGGUUUAUUGAAAUGUUCAAAAAAGUGAGCGUGAUAGUGACAUGAACAAUAUUUUAUGUUGUUACACUUCUAAAAUCAGGAGAAUAGUAUGUGGUAAUUGAGGAGCAGAGAAUUUAAAAGAGGACUUUCAGUGCUACCUUGGUAAAAGCAUGUAAGAGGAGCGAGAUCUGCAGGAGAGGUGUCAGGGUUUUGUUAGCCUUAGUCCUUGCUCUUGUGUUUGUUUCUCUUCAGUGUUAACCCAAUGAGAAAAGCAAUUGUGAAGCAGACUUUCUCUCUCUCUCUCUCUCUCUCUCUCUCUCUCUCUCUCUCUCUCUCUCUCUCUUUCUCU